AUGCCCUACCCGUCAAACCCGCAACAGCCAAUACCCAUCUCCAUAACGAUAUGCGGCGAUGGUGGCUGCGGAAAGAGCUCCAUCACCCUUCGUCUGGUCCGCUCGCAGUGGACCUCGGAGUAUGAUCCGACGAUCGAGGACAGCUACAGCAUCACCCGGCGCAUCGAUGGCGCCACCUACCACCUCUCCCUGACCGACACGGCGGGCCAGGAGGAGUACCGCGGCAUGUGGGCAUCGUCAAACCUCGGCGCCGAUGCGUUCCUGCUCGUAUACGACAUCACGUCCCAAGACAGCCUAGAGGCUCUGGGCUACUUCAACGACCUGAUAGACAUGGAGGCCGAGACGAGACUGGACAACGCAAACAGGGCGCAGAGGGCCGGCUUGUCGCCUGGCGGGACCGAGUCCGGCACCAGAACCAUACCACCCGUCAAGCUCGUGGCGGGAAACAAGUGUGACUUGCAGGAGUCGAGACAAGUUAUGGCGUCUCAAGGCCUGGAAUGGGCCAGGAAGCGGGGGUGCGGCUUCAUGGAGACAAGUGCCAGGCUGGAAGUCAAUAUCGAAGAGACCUUUGCGCUGAUUGUGCGCAGGGUCGUUGAGGGGCGCAGGCUCGCCGAGAUGGGCGUUCUUGACAACACAGAAAUGGACCGCCGCGGUGUCACGAAACCCUUGACUCCUCUGGGAAGCGAACGGGACGGCGACGUGGAGAAGAGAGAGGUCGGCACGAGGGGCCCGAGACUCGGCCAUGGCGACCGUGUGGGCCGACCGGGCUUCUGGAAGAGUCUGAGGUGCUGGUAG